CUGGGUCCCUACUCCUUCCCUCUCUCGCUCUCUCUUUGGCCCACGGACUUAAAACACAACCAAGUUAUUCACACGCCUACAACAACACUGCCCAGCAGCCAGCAAAUCCUGAUUUUGAACGGGAUCAUUGCCGUUGCCACCAAGAUGCCGCUGUCAGGAAAGGUCGUCGUUGUCACCGGGUCUUCAGGGGGGAUCGGAGCGGCCAUCGCGAGCACACUUGCCUCUGCCGGUGCCAACGUAGUGCUCGGUGCGCGCAGGAUUGAGGAGCUAGAGAAAGUCAAGACCAAGAUAGAAGCGGAGGUUGGCGGCGAUAGAGUGAUGGUGUGCAAGGUAGACGUCACCAAGCGAGACGAGGUCAAGGCACUAGUUGCUGCAGCUGAAGCUGGCUUUGGCCCAGUAGACGUCAUGGUAAACAACGCAGGUGUGAUGUACUUCACCAACAUGAAGAACCUGCACGAGGAUGAAUGGGAGCGAACGGUGGAUGUCAACUGCAAGGGUACCAUGUUUGGGAUAGGGGCGGUGUUGGGGGGAAUGAUUGAGCGCGGCAGCGGACAUAUUGUCAAUAUUUCCUCGGAUGCGGGCCGGCGGAUUUUCCCAUCCUUGGCUGUCUACUGCGCCUCGAAGUACUUCGUCGAGGCGAUGUCAGAAGGUUUGCGGCGCGAGGUUGUGGGGACCGGGUUGAAGGUCACAACGAUUCAGCCGGGAGACUGUGCGACGGACUUGGUAAUGAACAACACCGACAAAGAGGCGGCAGACGAACAAGGUGUUGCCAUAGGGGUGAAGGUAGGCACCGGAUCGACCGAAACCCAGGUGCUGCAGCCCGAGGACGUCGCUGCAGCGGUUUUGUAUGCUGUGACCGCCCCGUCUCACGUGGCGGUGAAUGAAGUGCUUGUGGAGCCGAGGGAUCAAACGUGAUCGCGCAUUUCCCUCGCGUGCGCCACACUGACAAGUUAAAGAAGAAGUAGAGAUUGAUACAUGCAUCAGGCUCCAAGUGUGCUGGAGUGUGCUGGAGAAUUGCUCGCCAUCCAUCCUGUGGUAUGGUGGCAUACGCUCAGGGGUAGAGAGCCACAGAAGGGAUAACUACUUGUUUGAUGCUUUUCGGUUAUGUAUUCCAGCAGUUGCAGCCAUCUGCGGUGACGUCACGUAGCAAGUAAAAUGCCCGCAGGCGUGCGAGUGGUGUUACGUUUCGCCAGCGGAUCCAGUAAUGCAUGAUGGAUUUGAAGUUUUCGUCCUUUGAAGUGUGAAAUGGAGUAACGAUGUCCGGUGUCUUGGGGAAGCCCCUAUAGAGGAGACAGGGGUAGAUACCCAAAGGGUUGCCGAUGUCUAUCGAACAAGGAAGUUUUUGACCAAGUGUUCUUCGUUUUGAUCAGUUGAGAGUUGGCGGUCAACUGAUGCCAGGGAUACUGGGCCUAUUUUCUCCGUGAGUGAGAUGCAUUCUCUGCAAUUACCGCACCACGCUGUGCAUGCACCAUUU